AUGGCCCCUCCCACACCCUCCAAGAAGAAGCUACAUUCUUUUGAGAUGCCUGAUGACCUUAGCUGGCCUAAUCAGAAAAGAAACCAUGUGCAUAUGCGACAUGCACCAGUACUUAGAACACCUGACCUUGACCAACCACAAACAACCAUUCAUAAAAAUGUAAACAAAUCCGCUGAGGCCAAGGAGAAACACAACACUACUACACGAGAUAAGCGGACUAAACGAACUCAAGUUGAAGCAAACUGUUCAGAAAAGACGGCGGAAACAAAAACAUUAGGUAACAAAGGAUCCAAGGCUCCUACUUUUGCAGUCCCAACUAAGCAAGAAAAGUGCGGCCCAUCAAAAUUAUCAAUCGGGCUCACCAGAGAAGAGAUUGAAGAAGAUUUCUAUGGCAUGACUGAAAAAAGGCUUCCAAGGAAACUUAUGAAGCGGGACAAGUCUGUGAAGCAGCAUCUUGAUGAUCUCUUUCCCGGGCUUUCAUUGGAGGGCGAAACUUCUGAGAGUCUACUUAAGAAGUUUGAGUCAUUGGAAGCAUUAGACGAAGGGAACUAA